ACGCUUUGUGUUCGCUCACCAGCCCCCGUGUACAACUUUCCACUUGACUCCGCCGCUCGCACCCUAACAACACCCAGUGUUGCUAUUCACUUGUCUGACCUCUACCCGAAAUAUCCCCGUCUCCGCCCGCCGACCAAUCUCCCAUGCCGCUAUCCGACGUUCUUUCCACGGGAACAUAGGGCUCGCGUGCAAUCCUACCGUCACUGUACCUGCACACCCGUUUCGGCGCCCAUCGAGACUCUCUUCCGACCAAUCCGCCCUCCUCGCGCCCGAACAUUCCUUCCGCCAACAUGGCAUCGGCGGCAAAGUCGGUCUGGAACCCUGAUAAUGUAAGGGACGUCGGUGAGUCGGUCGGGAUCAGUAACCUGCCGCCUCAAAUCGUGGAGGAACUCGCGCGUGAUGUCGACUACCGUGUCGCGCAGGUGCUGGAGGAAGCGCUGAAAUUCAUGCGUCACAGCAAGCGCACGACACUAAGCACGCAAGAUAUAUCCAACGCUCUCAAAGUUCUCAAUGUCGAGCCACUGUACGGCUAUGAGUCGACGAGACCAUUACGUUUUGGCGAAGCUUCACUCGGUCCGGGACAGCCGUUGUAUUAUGUGGAGGAUGAAGAGGUUGAUUUCGAGAAGCUCAUCAAUCAGCCCCUCCCAAAAGUUCCCCGGGAGAUUACAUUUACGGCACACUGGCUUGCCGUAGAAGGAGUCCAGCCAUCGAUCCCUCAAAACCCGAGUGCCAUCAACCACGCGGACCUUCUUCCAAAGGGUCCCAAUGCCAAUCCAUACCUUGCUGCGGCCAAUGGCUUGGAUAACGUGAAUAUCAAACCACUCGUCAAGCACGUCCUUUCCAAGGAAUCUCAAGAGCUCUUCACAAAACUCUCUUCUGCCCUGAUAGACGAGACAAAUUCGGAAUGGCAAAAUGCAGCACUGGCUUCCAUUCAAUCGGAUCCGGGCAUACAUCAACUCACGACGUAUCUGGUGACCUUCAUCGCGGAGAAGGUCACACAUAGCAUCAAGAAUCUCUUUGUGCUACGGCAGAUGAUGCUUGCUACCACAGCCCUCCUAAACAAUCAAGCAAUCUACCUGGACCCGUACAUCCCAUACUUGGUUCCAGCCGUCCUGACCUGUUGUAUCGGAAAACAUCUCGGAGGGCCCACACAACAAGCAGUACCCUCGAAUGCAUCAUCAGAGACUUUGAACGGAAACUCUAACGGUGUUCCGUCAGCUUCUAUGGCUCAUUUCGAACUGCGCGAUCUCGCGGCAUCCAUUCUGAGUACCAUGUGCUCAAGGUAUUCAGCAUCGAAUCAUGGGUUGAAAGCGCGCAUAGCCAGAGUCUGUCUCAAGAACUUCCUAGAUCCCAACAAGCCUCUGGGGACCCACUACGGCGCAUUACGGACGCUGAUUUCUAUCACUGGAGCCGAAGGAACCAAGAUGGUUAUCCUCCCCAAUCUGCUGAUAUAUGACACGGUUCUCAAGGAAGCGCUGGCGGACGACAUUAAGAGGUUGGAAGCUGAGAGAGUCAUUGCCCUCAUCCUGCAGGCAUUGGAUCGCUCGGAGCGGAGCCCUGCGGCGCCCAGGAUAAACGGCGUAGCAAACAUGGAGAGCCAGAGAGAGCAACUGGCGUCGAAGGUCGGGGAUGUCAUCGCCGAUAAGAUCGUGUUGAGUGGGAGGUCUGGCGUCGCGCGACUUAUCCUUGAGAGUGAUCUGAGGCUGUAGACGGUCUUGUGUUUCUUUUUGACUAGAACCCCUGGGCUGGAUUGGGUAGUCACCGGAGGGCGUUCAGGAUAUAUGGAUAUGAUACCAGUUUGCACACUUAGGAUGGACCACUUUUUGGAGCAAAUAUUCGCGUAGGCAUCUUUUCGUUUUCCAUUUCAUGGACAUAUAUACACCAAUUCGCCAUGCAUUUUGU